UCCAAUAUUAGAAACACAGAAACGGCCUCUCUGAACUCUCCAUCCCUCCUCUAACCUUCGUAUCAAGAACCCAGAAAAACCCAUCCGGCCUAGCUCUUCCAUCACAAAAUGGGGAGGCGAAAGAUUGAGAUGACGAUGGUGAAGGACGGCAGCUCCAGGCAGGUAACCUUCUCCAAGCGCCGAAACGGCGUUUUUAAGAAAGCGAACGAGCUUGCUACUUUAUGCGGUGCAGAAGUUGCCGUAGUUGCGUUCUCUCCGGGCGGAAAGCCAUUCUCCUUCGGCCAACCAAGCGUUGGGGUUGUUUCAGACCGGUUCCUCCACCGCGACAAAAGAAAACCCAAUCAUGGUAAAAAUGUUGUUGGUUCUUCCAAGGAUGGUGCCAAGGUGAGCGAUCUUACUCAGCAACUUAAUGAGCUGCUUAAGCAGUUGCAUGCCGAGAAAAAGAGGGGAGAGAUGCUUGAGAAAGAGAAGGAGAAAAGCGGAUUCAAAGCGCCGAUCAUCAAUAAGCUGGGUUUGCAGGAACUGAUAGAAUUGAAGGGAUCGCUGGAGAGGCUUCGGGAAGAUAUAAAAGCACGAGUCAGUGAGAUGGAGGCAUCGUCUUCGUUGCUGCUCUUGGCAAAGAAACCUGUCUAUGAAUCUGGAAGGCCAGUUGCUAAGAAAGUUCCCAACUCUUAUAUUUGAUGCAGAUAAUUUAGAUAAUGGAUCUUUCAAAGGACUUUCCAAAUGUGUGCUCAAAUAUCAGAAUGAAUGUCGUCUGUGAUAAUGAUAUUUAUAUUUUUGAUUGCCCAAAUUAAUACCAUGAAUGGAAGAAUGCUAUGUCGUUACUGUAC